AUGCAUGCCGCCGGCACUCCCCAUGUGGCGCCGGUCUGGUUCCUUUGGGAUAACGGUCGGGCUUUGGUGAUGGCCGACAGAGCGGCGGUCAAGGUGCGAAACAUUCGCCGCAAUUCUGCCGUGGCCCUAUGCGUCUCCACCGCGGAUCACCCCUAUUCUUUUGUGACCAUCGAGGGCACGGCCAACAUCACCGACAGCGGGCUGGAUGACAUGGUGCGCAGGACAUGCGUCCUUUACGAGGCAGACGAGCGAGGCGCCGAGUUCGCCGCGGAACUUCUGGCAGACGAACGGUUGACCCUGAUCGUCAUUUCCCCCGGUCGUUUUAUCUCUUGGAAAGAGGACGACGAAUAG